AUGGCUCUUGAUGCAAACGCAGAUCGCGGACGAGAAGUCGUUAGCUAUGUUCGAGUCGGGCGUGGAAUGGUCAAAAUUACCAAAUACGAAAGCGAACAGCCCAAGUCGCCGUCGGAUACGAUGAGUGUACGUUCCCAUUCGAGUUCAGGCCAUUCGGUAUCUACCACAGGCACGGCCACGCGUACUCAUGGAUGGCUGAAACGUCCACGUGCAAAAGGUUCAAGCAAGCGAGCACCAAGUGCCCACAGAAACCGCUCUCGGUCCCGCUCGAGUGCACGAGCUGUGCAUUCCCUCCGUCGGCCAGGCGGGUAUAUGCGCUCAGAACACGAUCUGCUGCCAUCAAAUGAGCACCACUCGACCAACGCCACACCUUCGGGCCGACGAGGAAGACUGGAACCUGAAGGACUGUUUCCUCUCAACAGUCUGCCAGUUCCAGGGUCUCUACGACCGGAGGAAUCACCUUACGGCAAGGAUGGCAAUUACCCGAAAUCUGCUCCGCUUUCAUCCACCGAGCGGGGUCGCGGUCGCGGUCUUCAUAUAUCUCCUCUAAGCACAUCGCCCAGCCAAGCUGCCUCUCAUCCAUCCCCCAGCACACUUUCUUGGACAACGGAUUCGGAGAUUGAUCCCGCUGUAGACGCCGAAAUGUGGUCGCACAUCACCCGGCUCGAGGACGAGCUCGUAUCCCGUUUUGGCCGAGGCGCCGUCCCUCAACUCUCCUCUCUCCGAAACGAAAAGUCCUCUGCACCGCCUAUGACCAGCGCGGGAGGAAAACGGGACCUUUCUCCAGCACUCCCAGACGAACUCGUUGCUGCGCUCCAGCGCGACCCUCCGGACCCACCUGCUCUACGACCGAGCGAAAAACUGAAACAACGCUCGUUUGAGCCGAUUAACGUAGCCGAACUCCCGCGGCGCGUGCACCGGGCAAAGUCCAGUCCGACGCUUGCAUUUCCUUUACCUCCACCUACGAUUCCAGAUUGGCUUAAUAAUACGCCACUUCCUACUCUACCAGCGGGCGUUGCGUGGGGUAUCGCGCCUUCCCCGGCGACGAUGCGCACAAAAGCCGGUCCACCCCCAUCGUUCCCGCCGCCUCCCAAUUUCCCGCCGCCUCCUCCGCCGAGCACGAAACCCGGAGCAUUGGAUGCGACUGAAGAUUUGGAAGCGAUAGAGGCGUUGUGUCGCAUUUUGGCAGAAAGACCAACGAAGCCUGAAGCUGGGAUUGGCAAACCAAGUGGUGGUACAUCUCGGCCCGGGGAGCUCGGAAGAAAUCGAAAAGAUCUCCGUCUCGGUGACCUCAACCCUGGAAGGGGCGGUGGAACUACGCUUUCUAGGACCCCGAAAGAAACAUUGCCCGAGGAGGACCAAGGGAGCAGGACACCUCGGAUAACAAAUGCAGUGUAA